AUGAUGAUCCGGAACGAAGACUACUUCAUCGCCCCCAAGGGCCGCUGCUAUCGCUGGUACAACAAACCCCACCAUGUUCCAUCUACACAGGCGACACCCAUAGCGGACGGCCCCAGAACCAACGACUCAAGCCGUUUGCUACAACUACCGCGAGAGCUUCGUGAUGAGAUAUGGGAGCUGGUCUUCAACUCGACGAGGCUGACAUUUGGCCUGCAAUAUACACCCCGCUAUGGCGAGCGGUACCUCAAGCCUGCCCCACAUUCGCUCGCACUAUUACGCGUAUGUCGCCAGAUCAAUGCUGAGACACGUGACAUCUGGAUGCAGCGCGUGCUCUUCAACUUUGAGGACCCCCAGACCAUGCUCAACAGGCUGUCGGACCUGCCAGAAUCUACCGUGUCGAGGAUCCGCCAUGUUCGCCUCAUCGGCUCCCCCAUGAUGCGCUAUCUCAAAGGCUUUGAUGAUCUCAUGUACCGACACGAGUCCAUUUUCCAGCUACUGCCUACACUCCGGCUUGACUGCUUGACCAUCUUUGCAGUUGCCGCGGCUGCACCAGAGUACGAUGCUAUCACCAACCUGGUCAACCGUGGCAAUGGGUGGAAGGAACUUCGAUACAUUACUCGUAGCUCACGCAUGCUUGGAUUCGGUCCCUCCAGGAGUCAUGGAUCUCGCGAGACUGGCGACAUCUGUCGUCAGCCUCAGCCGAGAUUCUGGAACAAGAGACUGUUGAACAGAGACGGCGAGGGUUCGGGCUCUGUUGUUCAGGUGUUCAGGGCACUAGAAGAAGACGACGUCACUGCUGUUCUCGAUCCACUUAGGCGCGAGCCGUUUGAGCAGAACCCAGAAGAGCAUCUGGUCAAAGGGUUCGGCCGAGUGGAUGACGAAGGGCUGACAAGGGGGGCCGGUGCACGAAGAGCCUUACUUGUUGUGGUGAAGCGCGGCGACAGCAUAGACGUGAGCCAAAAAUCUCCAGGUUACGGCAAAGAGCGCGACAUGAAAGCGAGGUUCAAAAAGAGAACCUGGCGAGUGCGAAACAAAAUCAUUGUUUGGACGUCUCCAGAUAGUGAACGAGACGAUGAUGAAGUGGGCAAUGGAUGGGCGAGACCCCAACUCCGCCGGCCCCCUUAUGGCUUUGACAACUACUACGAUAUCGACGACAUGUGA